CCGCAGCCCCUGCUGCUUACUGGGCACCAUGGUGAGAUAGGCGCCAUGGCUUUUGGAAAAGGAAGCCGACCCGUUCUCCUCUGCUCUGCCUCUGCCGAUUAUAUCAUCGUCUGGGAUGUGGAGCUCUGCCAGAAGAGAGUGAAGGAGGGUAAACUUGCAGCUGGAGUAGUAAUCGGGACUUUACUGGGGGAAGUCGUCCAUCUUUCCUUCUGUUUCUCUGAUGAACGAGUGGCUGCAUGUUCAGGAGCCAUUGUGUAUAUCCUCAACUCAAAGAGAAAUGAAGUUAUUUCAACCUUGACUGGCCACCUGGGACCUGCAACAUCAGCAGAGUUUUGUCCUUGGAAUAAAGACAUUCUCAUCACAACAUCAGAAGACCGCACUUUUAACGUGUGGGAUUUAAGAACUGGAACUGUUUGCUACCAGUCUUUUGUGCUUUCAGCCUCUCCUCUGCUCAGUGCAUUCUUCUUAGAGGAGACGAGGCAGAUUAUCACUGGUUCAACUGAUGGACAGGUUUGGAGCUUUUCCCUCAAAGACGACCACAAGUGUCACCUGGUGACCAAAAUGGAUCUUCAGAAGAUGGAAAAAAGACAUCACACGCACCAAGAGACUGUGAGACAUCCAGCAGGGGGUGCAGAGCAAUCAGCUGGAGAUAAUGUGGAAACUGCAAAACCAGUCCUCAAAAUGGCUUCAUGUAAUUCAUUCACUGUCACUGGUAACGAACAGAAAAAGGACAACAGCUGUUUGUGUAUCGGAAGCUCUGAUGGCCUUUAUGUGGUAGAUCUGGCUACUUCAGAACUCCUAACAGUGCUGUAUUUCAAAGAUUACCCCAACCUGAGCAUCACAAUGGCAAGGUCGUGGUCAAUCUCUCCAGGACGGAAUAACUCU